AUGGCGCCGCCAGCACCCUGCCGCUUAUCGUCUCUCCCCCGCCUCCCGGAAGCCACGAAGCAGACCCGCCCCGCCGGUGGCCCGCCCAGGCCCAGAUGGGGCCCGAAGGGCCCAGAUCUGGGCCGAGCGGGCGCCGCCAGGCCGCGCCGCCGCGUCACCCCGCCGCCAACGGCGACGCCGCCGUCCAAAAGGCCCCCCCCCCCCCCCCCGCGCUCGCGCCGGAAGCCCCGCCGCCGCCUAGAAGCACCGCCCGGGAUCGCCCCGUCCCACGCCGGCGGACACCCGAGAGGGGAAAAGCCAGGGAGCCGCCGCCACCAGCGUCGCCCGGGCCAGGCCCGCAGCGGGCGCCGGCGCCGGCGGCAGAGUGGAAGGGAGAGGAAGAGGCGCGCGGGGAAGAGCGCUGGGCGCGGCCGCCCGCCCGCGGGGAGGAGGAUUGGUCACCAGUUCAUCGUCCAAAUAUAG